AAAAAAAAAAAAAAAAAAAGGGGAGCAGAAAAACUGUGUAAUGGCCUUGCAGUUCAUUCCAUUUUUCUGAACGUUUCACCAGUAAAAACAAUCAUAUUAUGGCCUAUUCUUGUGUGUAUACCGCUGCCAGUCUGAACUUUACUCCACGCUCCUCAUCAGCUCGUCGCAACCCCAAAGCCCCGCAAAUUCGAAAGCUAAAAUCCCAGAAGUAUCCUACUAAUCGUCGACCGCCGCCAUUUUCUUCUGGCGGUGAAGCCACCACCUUCACACGCCUCCCUCCUAAAGAUGACUUCUUUAUUGAUUCCCCUUCACAGUCCCUGGCUGAGACAAUUAAGCUGUCUGAAUCUGAAACACCUGCAGCCACUAGAACACGGAAAUUUUAUAAGAAGGGAGGGGAAAAAUCUGGGUUUGGUUCAAGAAAUGGUGAAGUUAAGGAAAAUGCAGGUUUGAGCGAUGAAAGAUUCGAGCUUUAUGAGGUUAAGGAUGGCUCUGAUAUUGGAAAUGUUAGUGAAAGAUCAGAUUUUGAUUACGGAAAAUUUGAGCUUUAUGAAGUGAAUUCGGAUUCGGAGUUUGAAAAUGAUGAUUUCGAUGAUGUAGAAGAGGAAGAAAUAUUGGGGUAUAGAAGUGAUGGAGUUGAAGAGGAGGUGAUUAAGGAGAAAGAUAAAGGUUUGCCAGCUGUGAUGAGGUGUUUUGAUCGGGCGAAAAUAUAUGUGAAAGCCGGAGAUGGAGGGAAUGGUGUGGUAGCAUUUAGAAGGGAGAAAUUUGUGCCAUUGGGGGGGCCAUCGGGUGGGGAUGGGGGGAGGGGAGGAAACGUGUAUGUGAAGGUGGAUGGUUCGCUGAAUUCCUUAUUGCCAUUUAGGAAGAGUUUGCAUUUUAGGGCAGGGAGAGGGGCACACGGGCAGGGUCAGAAGCAGAAUGGAGCAAAGGGUGAGGAUGUGGAGGUGAAGGUGCCUCCAGGGACAGUUGUAAGGGAGGCUGAUGGGGAUGUUCUCUUGGAGUUAUUGUAUCCAGGUCAGAAGGCAUUGUUAUUGCGUGGAGGGAGAGGUGGGAGGGGGAAUGCAUCGUUUAAGUCGGGAAUGAAUAAGGUGCCCAAAAUAGCGGAGAACGGGGAGGAAGGGCCAGAAAUAUGGUUGGAAUUGGAGCUGAAGCUGGUUGCAGAUGUUGGAAUAGUGGGAGCUCCUAAUGCAGGGAAAAGUACAUUUCUCAGUGUUAUAAGUGCUGCUCAGCCAGCCAUUGCAAACUAUCCCUUCACAACUCUGCUCCCAAAUCUCGGUGUAGUUUCAUUUGAUUAUGAUGCGACAAUGGUUGUUGCAGAUUUACCUGGACUACUCGAAGGUGCUCACACAGGUUUUGGACUAGGGCAUGAGUUUCUUCGUCACACGGAGAGAUGUUCAGUUCUGGUGCAUGUGGUUGAUGGUUCAUUGGAGCAACCGGAAUACGAGUUUGAUGCGGUUCGCCUUGAGCUGGAAAUGUUUAGUCCUGAAAUUGCAGAAAAGGCUUACAUAGUGGUGUUUAAUAAAAUGGAUCUACCGGAGGCAUAUGAAAAAUGGCCAUCAUUCAGAGAAAGGUUAAAAGCUCGUGGGAUUGAACCUUAUUGCAUGAGUGCUGUGACUCGAGAUGGUACACAGGAAGUCAUAUAUUCUGCUUAUGAACUUGUUCGGAAAAACAAGGAAGCCAAAGAAGAAGAAGGUACAAUUGGUCCACAAAAUUUGAAUUACGUGGCUGAUAUCGUGCAGAAGCAGCGAACUGCUCCAAUAAGUGAGUUUGAGAUCUCACGUGAUAAUGCCACCAAUACAUGGCAUGUGGAUGGAGCAGGCUUGCAACGUUUUGUCCAAAUGACGAACUGGAGAUAUGUAGAUUCCGAGCGAAGAUUUCAACAUGUUCUGGAGGCAUGUGGUGUGAAUAAGUCCCUCAUGAAACUUGGCGUUAAGGAGGGUGACACAGUCAUUGUUGGUGAGAUGGAGUUGGUGUGGCAUGAUUCCCCAAAUACUUCCAGCCCCAUAAGUAGGAAGAAGUGGGCAUCAGAUUCCAUCAAUUGACAUUAUCUGUCAUCAUCAUUCGUCCUCAAAAUUCCCAAAGUUCUACUACUAAGAGAUAAAGAAUUUAAACUGUAGGAGUAAUGUUCGCGCUCCAUGUCCAGCACCAAAGACAUGGAACCCAGUGAACAUAAAAUUAUCGUAUCUAGGACAAAGGUAGUCAAGCAAAUCAUAUGAUUAUGCUUCCAGUUUUUGGAGUGAAUCGAUCUCAUCUUCGAUCAGAGCAGUCAGCAUUUGCUACAGGCAUUGGCAGCAUAGACGACGUGUAAUUUUUCUGAUAGAAACAUUAGAGAAGUACCUUAUAUGCUAUGGUGCUUUCUUGUUUUCUUGGUCAGUUCACUUCAUUACAUUCUUUUACAGUGAAUAAAAUGUUACUAGGUUACCCUUUCCUAUUGUGAGUUCAGGUUUGGUAUAUCAUACACACUUCUUACCCCCACAA